AGAGCUUCAUUUUCAAAGCCCUUUGGCAGGUGUGGAAAGAUGGCUCAUGCACGGAUCUCCAUGUACAUGCCUCCUGACAUUGACCCCACAAAGGCUGCCAUUGCUUACGGCUGUCGAGCCUUGCCCAAGCUUAAUGAGGAGCUGCAAUCGGAGGUUCUCCUGACAAGGCAGAAAGCCCUAGUGGCUCUGUGUGACCUCAUGCACGAUCCUGAGCAUGUCUAUGAGGCCAUCCACAUAGGCUGCCUGGAGAGCCUGAAGGUCCUGCUGAAGGAUGAAGAUAACCUGGUGCGGAUAAAGACCACCGAGGUGCUGCAUAUCAUGGCCACCCAUAAUAUAGGCAGAACUGGCCUCUUAGAGAAAGGUGUCAUCCUAGCCCUGGCAUUACUGCUGAGUGAUCACCAGAAAGUCUGCCGGGAGAACCUGCACCAGGCAUACAAGCAUGUGGCGCAGACGCCUGAAGGUGCCCGGGGCAUCACCAGUAGUGGCCUGAUCCCCUGGCUGGUAAAUAAGCUGAAUGCAGAGGAGGAACACAUUCAGGAGAUCAUCUUGGACACUCUGGCACCAUGCCUGCAGGAGGAUGCCACUCAGGCUCUAGAAAGCCAGGCUGUGCCCUAUUUUAAGAAGAAGCUCCUGAAUGACAACCCUAGAAUCCGCAGUAAGGCUGCUCGGGCACUCAUUGCCAUCAGCAUCCCUUUGGAGGGCAAGAACCAGGUGUGGCAGAAUGGUGUCAUUCCUAUUCUGGUGGAUCUCUUGUCAGAUGUUGAUGAGGAGGUACAGGCUAAUGCAGCUGGUGCCCUGAUGCAUGCGACAGUGACCACUGAAGGGAAAUACGCAGCCCUGGAUGCAAGUGCCAUCAACCCACUCCUGGAGUUGCUCUGCUCCUCACCUAUCAAGGUGUGUCUGAAUGCCGCCAAAGCCCUCACCAUGCUGGCCGAGGCCCCCGAAGGCCGCAAGUUACUGAGUUCCCAUGUGUCUACCUUCCGUGUCCUCCUGAUGCAUGAAAACGAGGCCAUACGACGAGCAGCCCAAGUAGCCAUCAAAGUGAUUGAGUGGAAGCCAUGA